AUGUUCAACCUCCUGAAUGUCCCGAUCACCACGUCGUUGCUGGGUGUUGUGAUCGGCUCUUUCGUCCUUUACUACCUUCAAGAAAAGCUCUCAGAGCGAGUCAUGAACAACUUCCAAGCCAGCGAGACAUGGAUCCCAGCGAAUGAGCUAGUCCUCUUGACCGGCGGCAGUGGCGGCAUCGGCAAACAAAUAAUGGAAGAACUUUCUCGCAAGAAAGUCCGCGUUGUGAUCCUCGAUAUCAACCAGCCUACCUUUGAGCUUCCAGAAAACGUCACAUUCUAUCAAACAGACAUAACAUCGGCCGAAUCUCUUUCCGAAACGGGCACUGAUAUUAGAAACUCACACGGCGAUCCGACUGUUAUCGUGAACAAUGCUGGUGUUUUCCAACACGGAACCAUCCUCGAAAAGCCACUGGAGAAACUGCGUCUGACAUUCGAAGUCAACAUCAUCUCUCAUUUCCUCAUCAUGAAAGAAUUCCUCCCGUUUAUGAUCCGUAUGAACCAUGGCCAUGUCCUUACAAUAGCGAGCAUGGCGAGCUUUGUUACUCUAGGCGAUAUGGUGGACUAUGCUUGUUCCAAAGCUAGCGCUCUUGCUUUCCAGGAGGGUCUUCGGCAAGAGUUGAAAUAUUGGUACAAGGCUCCGAAUGUGCGGACGAGUACCAUUCACCCUACGUGGGUUCAGACUCCCAUGAUCGAUGGCUUCACUAAAUAUCAAGCUGAUUUCCGUCAACCACUCCUGGAUGCAAAGGACGUCUCUCGGGUAGUGGUGGAACAUAUUGUUGCUCGGAAGAGUGGUCAGACCAUCGUGCCUAGACAUUCUUCGGUGGUUGGGUCGCUCAGAGCCUUCCCACUGUGGCUACAAGAGGCAUUGCGAUCAUACAUGUCGAGGAUUGUCCUCCAAGUGGGGGUUAAGCGAGCUGCUGAUGAAAGUCAUGGUGCGCGCGUUCCUUGA